UAUAGCAAAUUUCAACACGAAAUUUAUUAUUGCACAAAUGCGAUCAGUUAAAACGCAAACGUUGGCGAAUACGGAGUAAAACAGUUCGAACUAAAUCUGUAGUGCCACAAAAAAAGCUAACAUAUUUUUGUUUUUCAAAAUCUCCAAAUAAGUCUUAAAAAAUUUACCUACAACCAAAACUCAACACGAAAAAUGCACUUUAAUGCCCUACUGCUAGCGCUUUGCCUGUUCGCGCUCUACGCCGCCGUGCGCAGUCAGGACAAUGUAGACGCUGCUGAUGAGAGCAACUCAACUGAGGAGAGCAUUGAGCUUAAUUUACUACCAGCGGAGGAGAACAAUGUCGCGCCACCCAAAAGUGCCAGCGCAGAAACGACAGCCACAUCACCUGGAGCACAAACGCAAACGACGAACACUUUCGAGGCGUCACGCCCACGGCUGCGUAAUAUCAAAACGCUGGAUAAUCACUGCAUCGAAUAUCUUUGCAUCGGUUUCCACUACGAACGCCCAGAUGAGGUGGCAUUUUUCGACAUCAAGGACGAAGUGCGUAUCAAUGGCGCUGACGCCACCUACGACAUAGUCAAUGCGCGCAACUACGACACGCUCAUCUUCGAGAAUUCGACAUUCGCGCGCUUUCCGCUCAACCUAUUCUAUGCCAUCAGCAUGAGCGUGCUGGAUAUGCGCAAUUGUUCCGUACAAGUGCUGACGUGGGAGUGCUUUUUGAUGGCGCAAAAUUUGCGCGGUCUCAUUCUCUCCGAAAAUCGCUUGCAAGCGAUCGAGCCAGCGACCUUCAAAUUCGCCAGCGAGCUGCAUGAACUCUAUCUCGACUCGAAUCGCUUAACGCAACUGCAUCGCGAUAGUUUUGAGGGUCUUUCACGCUUGCGUUACUUAGAUUUGCGUCACAAUCGGCUGACGUUGCUGCCGGUGGGCGUGUUUGAUCAUUUGGCCGCCCUCGAGGAACUGCUGCUGGACGAUAACCGCCUGCGCACGCUAAACGAUCAGCUCUUUCUCAAUAAUCUAAAUAUGUGGAUAUUGUCGGUGGGUGAGAAUCGCUUGGUGCAUAUUGAUGAGAAUGCGCUGAGGCGUCAAGCGCGUCUGGUGAUCUUAAACAUUGGCUACAACAAUGAGCUACGCACCCUGGUUUUGACGCUGCAGUUGCAACAUUUGGUGGCGACCAAUUGCGCUUUGGAGCGCAUUAACAUUUACGGACACGUGCGCAACGCUGAUCUCAGCUACAAUCACAUACAGGAGCUGUACUUCGCGCAGCCGGAGCAGUUGGAGAUGCUGAAUCUACGCAAUAAUUCACUGCAGCAGAUUGCCUCCUUGUCUCGCGCAACUAAUCUAAAGCUGCUCGACUUGGGCGACAAUCCCGAAUUGGGCACACUACCCACGCCUUGGCUAGCCAACGCUUUGGAGCGAUUGGAUCUCGGCAAUACGGGUUUGGCGCAGCUGCCCGUGGAGGCAAUCGCCGCGCAAGAGCAUCUCAAUUUUCUCAACGUGUCCUAUAACCGUUUGCGCGAGAUUAAUCCGCAGAACUUCAAGUAUUUGGAGCAUUUGAGUCACUUCGACAUACGCGGCAAUGAGUGGAAUUGUUACAAUUUAAAUAUUCUGAUGGAUGUGCUACUCAAGCCACUCAACAUCAUCUACGGCUAUGACGCAGUAGAUCCCGAGUUUCCGGGCGAAUAUGUGAACGACAUCGCGUGUAUGUAUCGCUUGGAGGGGGAGCAGGAGGAAGAUUCGAAUGGCAGUGGCAGUCAGCUGGUGGAGAUGGUGAAUGGACAGAAAUUAAGUCAACCCGCGCAGUUACAAGCGUUGCCGCUACAGGACGCGGAGACUUUUCGCCGAGAACUCAAGGCUAUAGUGGGCAUUUAUGAGCAGAAAUUUGAUCGUGCUUUUCGCAUGAUCGAAGAUUUGAAUGCGCGUUUGCGCGCUUUUGAGCGCUUUAAUGAGACACUGUUUCAGCAUGCCAUGAUUACGGUCUGAAUUUGUGUGAAUAAAAAUUGUAUUCUAAAACUUUUUGUAGAAUUGAUCGAAUUGUUAAUCCAAACUGUAUUUGUGUUGUAUUUUGGAAAAAUAAAUUACGACCCGUUUA